CCUUGAGAGUCUUGCUUGUGCCCAACUUUCCUGCAUUUUCUACCCCAAUGGAUAUUCCUCAAUUCUUGUUUUUCUCCUCUCUUAUCUUGGUUUGUGUUCUGGCCUUUGGAAUGAGUUAAUUUAUAAAUACACUUUCUUGUAUGAAGGAAAGAAAACUCAUGAAUUUGGUUUUCAGAAUUUCUCAGUCCCAGAGGAUGUUUCUGCAUAUGAGGGCUUGGAGCUUCGCCUUAAAGGUGAUGGUCGCAGGUAUAAACUUAUCAUUCGCACUAGCCGCAAUUGGGACACUGUUGGUUAUACAGCAAGCUUCGACACCGUAGCAGACCAAUGGCAGUCAAUACGCUUGCCAUUUUCUUCUUUAAGGCCUAUAUUUCGAGCGCGAACUGUAUCAGAUGCCCCACCUUUUGACCCAACCAGUGUUAUAUCAUUGCAGCUCAUGUUCAGCAAGUUUGAGUAUGAUGGGAAAUUGAAUCCAACUUUUGUGGAAGGUGCAUUUCAGCUUCCAUUAUCAAGCAUUCGGACGUAUAUAAAGGAUCCUAUAUGUUCUAGGUUUGUACAUGUGAGUUCAGCAGGAGUUACGCGACCUGAAAGGCCUGGACUUGAUCUGAGUAAACAACCUCCUGCUGUCCGCUUAAACAAGGAAUUGGGUUUUAUUCUCACAUUCAAGUUGAAGGGGGAGGAUGAAUUACGUGAAAGUGGAAUGCCAUAUGCAAUCGUUAGGCCAUGUGCAUUAACUGAGGAGCCUGCUGGAGCAGAUCUCAUUUUUGACCAGGGAGACAAUAUAACAGGUAAGAUCUCAAGAGAAGAGGUUGCUCGUAUAUGUGUUGCUGCUUUGGAAAGCACAUAUGCUUGUGAUAAGACGUUUGAGGUUAAAAGUGUGAUUCCAUUUAGUGAGCCUUUCACCGUGGACCCGGAAAAUCCACCUCCAGAGAAGGACUACGAUGUAUACUUCAAAACUUUAAAGGAGGGCAUUACAGGAAAAGAAAUCCUGGAACAAAGUCCUGUUCCAGUCUGAUGCUUAAGCAAGAUGUAUACAUCCCUUGGGAGAAAGCGGAGGAGAGGUUUCUAAAGAAGCAUAUAUAUAAGCAUGGAAAGGAAAUAUAAUGUUCUUGAGCUUUGCAUUCAGUUGACGUCUAUGUAUAGAUGAAUCAAAAAAUAGGAUUGUUGAAAAUAACAACUCACAUAAAAAAGGGUUAACGAUUGUACAUUUUCUUUUCAUGUAUGUAUACUUAUGCUUAUUGAGAAAAAUAAAUGGAAGUGAACGCGUUUACAACUCA